UCACUCAACCUGCAUGUCAUUCACUCGCCCACUCCCUCGAUCCGUGCACGAAGUUUUUCAUCAUCACAUGAAUGUUUAAUGAAAUCCAUCCAUGAAACACACCCAUCCGAUUCUGCGGCUUUAAUUCCAGCGACUGGACCAAACUCUGCGACCGUCGCCAUCUUGAGACUUUGAACAUAACGAAACCUCUUUUUUUUUUUUUUUAACCCGCUUAACACAGCUGCAGCAGCACCAACCAAAACUAAACCACACCCCUACCUACCUUACAGAAAAAACCAAACGAUGUCCUCCCCACCGCCCACGAACCCACUGAAACGGCCCUCGAUCUCCUCGUCGGCCUCGCAGCCGGCGCCGGGCUUCAACCCCAAGCGGGCGCGCAUGCACCCGCUCCGGCAGACCUCUUUCCCGAGCACGAUGGACCCGGACGCGGCGGCGGCGGCGGCGUCAUCGGCGCGGGCCUACAGCGACGCCGGCAGCGUCACGGGCAGCUUCACGGGCAGCCUGGGCGGCACCAGCGCGGACGGGGUGUUCCUCACGGCCAAGGGCAAGAAGCGCGGGCGCAAGAGCAAGGCCGAGAAGGAGCGCGAGCUGCGCGCCGAGGAGGGGAGUCUACGGGCGGGCAUGAUGAUGAUGGAUCAUCGGAUGGGGUCGGUGGAUGCGGAGGGCGCGUCGGUGAGGGGUGGUGGUGCUGGUGGUGCUGGUGGUGCUGGGGCAGGAGGGGAUGAUGCCGAUGAGGAUGAUGAUUUCGAUGAUGAGGGGGAAUUGUUGGGUAGGGAGGAGGGGACGACGACGGAUACUGAGGCUGAGAAGAAGAAUCUUGCAUUACUCGUGGACGCGUUUAAUCCGUUGCAGUCGGAGCGAUACGAUCUGUUCAAGCGAGCGAAGCUACGAAAGGAGACGCUCCGGAGAAUUGUCAAUCAUGCGCUCUCGCAAUCGGUGCCGGCUAGUGUGGUGACGACGAUUAACGGAUUUACCAAGGUGUUUGCGGGCGAGAUUAUCGAAAAGGCUCGAACGGUGCAGGCGGAAUGGGCCGAAGCUCAUGACCAGGCGGCCUUAGCUGCUGUGGCGGCGUCUAGUUCGACCGCGACGACCGCGACGACCGCGACGACUCCCACCCCGACGAACCAUUAUCCCGGAGUGGUCAAGCCACAGGGCAUGAUAGAUAGAGGCGGACCACUGCUGACGACGACUUCGGCCAAAAACGAAAUGACGGCCAGAUUGCCUCCCAAUCCGCACCGGGGCCAGCUCCUCCCGGCCCAUUUGAGGGAAGCGCUUCGGCGGUAUAAGCGAGAUGGGGAAGGAGGUGGCGUUGGGUUCUCCGGAUUGAGUAUGGGCAAUCUGGGGGUUCGGGGGUCGGGCUUGGCAAGCUCCCUUUUCGGGGUGACUCCAAUUCCACUAUUCCACUCACUCACUGAUAAAUCGGGUAGAGGAUGGAUGUGCCCGCGGGCACCUCCAGUCCGAGUACGCAGUGCCUACACAGUACACAGUACACAGUACUCAGUACUCACUAAUACUCACUUACAGUCUUUACACUUACCCUUACACUACUUCCUGUACUUCCUCACUCUCACUACGCCUGCUGCCGCUGCCGCUGCCGCUGCCGCUACCGCCGCCGCUCCUGCUGUUUUUGUCCCUUCCUUCCCUCCUUCCUUCCUUCCUUCUUUCCCCUUCCUUCCCUUCCUCCUUCCUUCUCUUCCUCUUCCUCUCCUUCUCCUCCUUCUCCUUCUCCUUCUCCUUCUCUUAUCUACAUCCUCCUUCAUUUCCAGCAUGCAGUCAUUACAGAAGUCCGGCAUCUACACUCGCCUACGCGAUACUCUAUGGAACCCCAACGCUCCCCCCGGAGACCCUCGCAAAAGUGUCAAGUGGAUCGAUGGUCUGCGCGGGAUUGCUUCUUUCCUCGUUGUGCUCACUCACCUGGCCCGCGCCUGGGACUAUGAUCUCUUCGCGCCAAGAGACAAGGAGGGAGUGCCUCCCCGGGUCCUCCAGUGGCCCAUCCUCCGCAUCCCGUGGCAGGGACGACUCGGAGUCACCAUCUUCGCGUUCCUCACCGGCUAUGUGUGUGCCUUGAAGCCCUUGAAGUUGUCGCGGGCCGGCAAUCACCUCAGUGCGUUUUCGACCAUUGCCAAGAGCGCCUUCCGCCGCCCUCCGCGCUUAAUCUUCCCAGCCACCAUCGCCCUGUUUAUUUCCUGGGUCAUGGCCCAGUUCGGUGCCUUUAUUGUCGCCAACCGCUCCGACUGCUGGUGGUGCCGAUAUGCCGCCCCGGAUUUGGAAGAUUCCUUCUUCAAGGAGGUCAUUCGCCUCGGAGGGAACUUCCUCAGCACCUGGACCACCGGGUACAUGGCCUAUGAUGACCACCAAUGGGCGUUACUGCCGUUGUUGAAGGCAUCCAUGCUUGUCUACGUCCUGCUCUGCGCCACCAUGUACGUCCAGUUCCGGUUCCGCGUUGCCAUCUACAUCGGCAUGAUGCUGUACUUCCACCAGGACGCCGCCAAGGACACAGAAACCUUCCAGCUUCAAGCUGUCUAUGGCAUGCUUCUCAGUGAUAUGUCCUACGACACCACCUUCCGCUCCCUCGUCGAAGCCCACCGCUGGCCGCGCCGUAUCCUCGCCAUCCUGAUCACUAUCGCCGGUCUCUUGAUUUGCUCCUAUCCCGGCGAGCACCCCGAAUGGGCUACCUGGUCCGACUACAUGUUCAAGCUGUCCCACUACAUCUUCCCUCCCGAGGUCAACAUUGGCAAGCGGUACAGUGCCAUCGGCGUGGACAUGAUCAUCUUCGCCAUCUUCAUCUCCCCGGGGACGCAGUCCUUCCUGGCGAACCGCCUCCUCCUCUGGCUCGGCAAGCAGAGUUUCGCCGUCUACCUCGUCCACGGCACUCUCCUGCGCACUGUGCUGUGCUGGAUGCUCUACGGCAUCACCGGCCAACCAUGGGAGGAGACUGUCGACGAGAACGGCCAGACUGUUCUCCCGCCGUGGUUGCCCAUCCGCCCUCCCUGGGUCGUCGCCCUCUGUAUCCCGCUCUGGAUCGGGCUGGUGUACAUCUGCGCCUCCCUGUGGACGGCCUACGUGGACCCUCUCUGCGCCCGCCUCACGGCGUGGAUCGAGAAGAAGGUCUUUGACGAACAAGAAGAGAAGGCCUCUGAACUGCCGAUGCAGUUGCGGCCGAUGCCUACAACGUAGAUGAGACCGACCACGUUGAGGCGGGUUCCGGGGAGUUUCCUUGUUUCGAAGAGCAGCAUGUGAAGAGAGGACUUACUUUCUGGCUGGUCCAGGUCCUGGGGGUGUUUUGUCCAUAGCCAUCUUUUGAUAUAUAUAAAUAUGUAUUUUCGCUUCUUUUUAUUCUUGGGUUUGGGAUGGAUGGUGGUGGGAUUUGGAGAUGAUGGGAUACCUGACAUAUACUUCGCAUCCUCAGGCACACAUGUACUCAUAAAUUUUGGUGUAGCAAAUGCACUCCAUCUCGAUU